AUGAGUCCAAAAGGAGUUACUAUGCUCAUGGAAUCUAACCCAGAACAUAGUAGUACUUUUGUACCUAAAAUGAUAAAAUGGAAUGAAAUUUUAUCUCAAGAUGAAUGGCACUUCGAUGCCAUAACCCAGCCAAAAGCAGAACCAGAAAGCUCUGCUAUUGAACAGGUUAUUCAAUACCCAGAUGGAUCUAUCGAUCUAAAGUUCCUAAGAUCCACAUCGGCUAAUGAAUCAUCUUCUGGCAGUCGAAAGUCGUGUUCACGACCUUCAACUAGUCAAAGAAAGUCUUUUUCAAGACCUUCUUCUUUUAAACCCCCGGAGGAAGUAGGUGAAAACCCUGAACCUCUCAUAAGUGAAAUUAAUAAAAAACUUAAAGGUGUAGAUUUUGAUAGAACUAUCCCUAAGGUUUAUUACCAGUCAACUGAAGUAAAUUCAGGAAGUCCCACUGCUAGUGAUAUGAAUCUCCAGCAGGAAGACGAAGAAGAAGCAAGUAUAUUAACAAUGCUUAAAUCUAAAGAAUUUAAACCAGAUCUUAAGACCUUAAAUGAAGAUUUUAAGAGUCCUAAGAAUAAAAGAAAAUUAGAAUGGAAUAAUAGAAUCAACUAUUCCACCAUUAACGAAAUUCUUAUACCAAAGAGGAAAAGAAGUAAUAACUGCAUCUCCUUUCAAAAGGAUGGAUAUGGUCUUGAUAAUGAUCCUAAGACUAAGGAUAUUAAUAAGAUAAUCCAACAGAAUAAUUAUACAAACCAAUUGCUACAUGUGGUAUCAAACCAAUUAGCAAAAGAUAAUAAUAAACAAAUAGCUCCAUCAAAAGCUAGCAGUAGUACUAGUACUAGCACUAGUAUAGAAGAACAUCCUACUAUAAGAUUACCCGAAUUUUCUAAAGAAAAAUUCCCUCAGUUAUCUGAAAAAUUUAAUGUUGAAAAUGAAGAUUUAGUUGAAAAAAUCAACAGACAAUUAAAAGACAUUGCUUUAAAUAAACCUAAAGUAAGUACUAAAAAGGUAACAACCUUAAGUACCAAAGAAAAGGAAAUCCAAAAAUUAACCAAUGAUCCAAGAUAUCAUACAACAAAAAAUUAUUAUAAGAGACCUUCGUUCCCAGAUGUACAAUUCGAAGAAGAUAAAUAUCAACUUCAAACAUCAUAUGAAGGUACUAGUAUAUCAAGUUGGAACAUAGAUGGACUUGCAGAAAGUCAAAUCUAUAAAGUUCUACAUGAAAUGGGAAUGGCAAUAACUUCCUAUAGGAUAAAAAAUGCAUCAGAUAGGAAUGCUGCCCAAUUAAUCAUUUCUGGUUUCACAGGAAUAUUAAAAAAUUGGUGGGAUAAUUAUCUAACUGAAGAUAAUAGAGCUCACAUAUUAAAUGCCGCAAUUAUAAGAAAUGUGUUAAAAAUGCAGGGUGAAACCCAGGUAGCCGUUGAAGAAGCAAUAGAAGAUGCUUCAAAGAACACUAAUUUACAGAAGAAAAAGAAAAGAGUAGAUCAAUCUUAUAAAACAAAACCACGUAAAAGGUCACCAAAACAAAGUGCUGGUGAUACGUGUUGGACAUGUGGCAAGAAGGGCCAUAGAUCCAAUGACUGUAAAGUCAAUUUAAAAAAGAAAAAGAAGAUUAAUCUUCUUGAAAUUAAUGAUAAGAUUAAACAUGAACUCUACACUAUUCUAGAAGAUAAUGACAACACAUCAUCCUCUUCUAGUGAAAUUAGUGACAUUGAAAUUGAAUCAGAUGAUAGUUCCAAUUCUUCUGAAUCGAAGAUUGUGAAUGUACAGGAACAAUUUGUACCUGUAGUCCGAAUUCAAUUAGAGUUAUUUCUAAAAAAUCAAAAGGAUUUCUUCUAG